ACUAUUUUUUUUUUUUAUAAAAAGAUAAAAAAGGAAUUAGACCGGCUAAAGAAAUUUACACGUUACUCAAAAAAAGGCUGGAGGACUUUCACUUUUGGGAAGACGAUAAAUACUGGUGUCCAGCACUUCAAUUUUGAAUAAUCCAUCACUCCUUUGUUUGCUGAAUUGUGUUCAUCAUUAAGAAAAUGGGAGGCUUAAUAUGGUUUUCCCAAAUCCUCUGCCUUUCCUUCAUUUUGUUACAGUUUCGAGUCCAAAGCUCCUCACCUUCUCAAUCUUCUCUUAAUUCACCGCCACAUUUGUUCCAUCCUGAAGAGCAUUCUGCAUUGCUUGAUUUCAAAAGCACUACUAAUAUGAAGGAAGGCUGUUUUGUUACUCCUCGUCCUAUAAUACAAACUUGGAACGAGAGAAAAGACUGCUGCUUGUGGGAGGGCAUAACAUGCGACAAGCGGAAAGGUCACGUGAUUGGCCUUGAUCUUAGCAGUAAUUGUCUUAAAGCCAAUCUAACUACAGAUAGUAGUCUUUUCCGCCUUGAGAAAUUGCAAAGUCUCAACCUGUCUUACAAUUAUUUUCAUUACCCUAAUAUCUCAUUUGGGUUCGACCGUUGGAAGAGUUUGACAUAUCUUAAUCUUUCAGAUUCAGAUUCAGGAUACAUGGAUGGCUCUCUCCUGUUUGAUGAAAUCUUCUUGCCACCAAAAUUGGUUUCACUUGAUCUCUCUCAUAAUCAUUUGUUUCUUAACAAUAUAAAGUUUCAAAUGCUUGUGCAUAACUUAACAGAAUUAAGGGAAUUAAGGUUUCUUAUCCUUGAUUAUGUGAAUAUGUCUCUGGCUGUGCCUUCUUCCUUGUUAAACUUGACUUCUUCCUUGGAGCAUUUGAGCCUUCGCUCUUGUAAUUUGCAAGGAAACUUUCCGAGCCAAGUUUUUCAGUUGAAGAAAUUGGUCUCACUCGAUCUGUCUGAUAAUUAUGAUUUGCUUCUUGACAACAUAAAGUUUCAAAUGCUUGUGCAUAACUUAACAGAAUUGAGGAAACUUUCCGAGCCAUUUUUUCAGUUGAAGAAAGUGGUCUCACUCGAUCUCUCUCAUAAUGAUGAUUUGUUUCUUGACAAGUUUCAAAUGCUUGUGCAUAACUUAACAGAAUUAAGGUUUCUUAUCCUUGAUUCUGUGAAUAUGGCUCUGGUUGUGCCUUCUUCCUUGCUAAACUUGACUUCUUCCUUGGAGCAUUUGAGCCUUAGUGAUUGUUUUCUGCAAGGAAACUUUCCAAACCAAGUUUUUCAGCUUCCAUCUCUCCAGCUUCUUGAUUUAAGCUACAACUUUGAUUUAGGAGGUAAUUUGGCCGAGUCAAACCAAAGUAGUACCCUCAAGUAUUUGAACCUUGCAAACACAAACUUCUCAGGAGAGUUGCCUCAUUCAAUCGGAAAGCUUAAACUCCUGAAAAAAUUGAAUCUUCAUAGCUGCCAAUUUUAUGGAUCAAUUCCUAGAUCUCUUGCAAAUCUUUCUAAGAUAACUUACUUAGAUUUUUCUUUCAACCUUUUGCAAGGGCGAGUACCAUCUUGGUUGUUUUCUCUGCCCUCUUUAUUCUAUUUAAACCUCCAAAAUAAUAGCCUUACUGGACCUAUUGAUCAUAUUGAGAUGCCUAAUCUCAUUUUAGAAGAAGUCCAUUUGUCCAAUAAUGAAAUAAAUGGUCCAAUCCCUAGCUCUCUCUUUGAUCUUGUGAGUCUUAGAUAUGUCAGCCUUUCUUCAAAUAAUCUGAGUGGCACCAUUACACCCAACAUGCUUUCGAAGCUUGUACACCUUGCGACUCUUGAUCUUUCCAGUAAUAGUUUGCUAUCUAUGAAUAAUAAUGACAGCAGUGUUAACUAUUCCUUCCCGCGCCUUCAGUCUUUAAGAUUAUGCUCUUGCAACAUAUACAAGUUCCCAAGUUUCUUAAGGAAGGCAGAGAGAUUGCAUGAAUUGGAUAUUUCCAAGAAUAAGAUUUCUGGUCAAAUUCACAAAUGGGAAAUAGAAGGGAUGCCAGUGGUCAGCUUAGACCUUUCUUAUAACUUUUUGACUAGUAUAGAUUUAUUUGCUUUUGGAAAUCUUGAAAUUGUUGACCUCAGAUCUAACUUACUACAAGGAUUACUUCCCAUUCUAUCAACAACUUGGGAUUCUAUAAGACAACUCUUCAUUUCAGGUAAUAAUUUGACUGGCGAAAUCCCAUCUUCUACUUGCAAUUUUACUUCCCUUAGAGUUCUAGUCUUAGCUAAUAAUAAUUUGGGAGGAAAAAUACCAGCAUGUCUUGGAAACUUGACUAAUCUCUCCUAUUUGGAUCUGCGGAUGAAUAAAUUUCAUGGUAGAAUACCAAAUUCUUUUGUCAACAAGAGUGAAUUGAGAACUCUUGACCUAAAUGGCAACCAGUUGGAAGGGAUACUGCCACGGUCUUUGGUUAAUUGCAGUGACUUGGAAGUUCUAGAUGUGGGGAACAACAGCUUGAAUGAUACCUUUCCACAUUGGUUAGAUGUUCUUCCAAGCCUUCAAGUUCUCAGCCUUCAAUCUAACCGAUUCCAUGGCUCCAUAAGCACUUCGGAGAAUAAUUUGACAGGAGAUAUCCCUUCUUCUCUUUGCAAUUUCUCCUCUCUUAGAGUUCUUGAUUUAGCUAAAAAUAGUUUGGAGGGGGGAAUUCCAGAAUGUCUCGGAAUGUUUAGUCAGCUUUCAGUCAUGGAUCUGCGGAUGAAUAAAUUUCUUGGUGGAAUCCCAAAUUCAUUUGUCAACAACACUUUUUUGAGAACUCUUAACCUAAAUAGCAACCAGUUGGAAGGGAAAUUGCCACGAUCGUUGGUUAAUUGUAGUCUCUUGGAAGUUCUAGAUGUGGGGAACAACUACUUCAAUGAUAUCUUUCCACAUUGGUUAGGUGUUCUUCCAAGGUUACAAGUUCUCAUCCUUCAAUCCAAUCGAUUUCAUGGCUCCAUAAACAAUUCCAUGACUGUACUUCCUAGCUUCCCUCAAUUGAGAAUCAUUGACAUCUCGCAGAAUCAAUUUGAUGGUCUGCUUCCAACUAAAUAUUUCCAAAAUUUUAAAGCUAUGAGAGAUGUAUAUCAAGAUGAAAGCGGUUCCAAAUAUAUUGGUGAUUCUUAUUAUAAGGAUUCUGUGAGGGUAAUAAUUAAAGAUACGAAGGUGGAGUUGGUAAAUAUAUUAAAAACUUUCACAACCGUUGAUUUGUCAAGCAAUGGAUUUCAUGGAUACAUUCCUCAAGAGCUGGGAGAACUCAAUUCACUUAUAUUGCUAAACUUGUCUCACAACAGUCUCACUGGUCCAAUUCCAUCAUCCUUGGGGAAAAUGACAGAACUCGAAUCACUGGAUUUCUCAUCAAACAAGCUUGAAGGCAGGAUUCCAGAGCAAUUGAUAGAUUUGGCAUUCCUUUCAGUUUUGCAACUUUCACACAAUGAGCUUGUGGGCCAAAUACCUCAAGGGAAGCAGUUCAACACUUUCUCAAAUGAUUCGUACAUUGGGAACUCUGGGUUGUGUGGAUUACCGCUGACAAAGAAAUGCCACAAUGAGGAAGAACCAGGAGCACCUCCAUCAAAAUUUUAUGAAGAAAAAGAUGAGUCUGCAACACUCUUUAAUUGGAAGUUUGCAUUGGCGGGUUAUGGGUGUGGACUGGUGUUGGGACUUAGUUUGGGGUACAUUGCGUUCACUAGUGGAAAACCAUGGUGGAUGGUGAAGAAGGUGGAGAAAUACCAGCAGAAAUUUGUUGGAAGAUGCAACGGCAGGCAUAAGAAGAGAAAAACCCAAAAACCCAACCAACGCUCUUAGGGAGUAAGCUUCUAAAACUCUCUAUAUAUUAUUUGUGCAUGAUCUUUCUAAGUUCUAUAUAAUAUCAAAACUUAAUUUUUCUAAUUUUAUUUUAUUUUACAUAGGUGCAAGCAGGUGCAUCUGAUUUCCUAUCCGGGAAAGAUCUGGCAGCAAAUAAUGUGUCUUUGUUUUGUGUUGCUUCUCGAGUUUAUUUGUUUACAUCUUUUUCAUGUUGGUAGUUGAUAUAUGGUUACAGCAUCCAGUCUACUUUGUGUAAUGUAUGAAUUUGUGUUGAUUUCUUUUGGAUUUAAUCUAUCUGCUCUACAAGCAGUUCUCGUGUAUUUUGUUACAAUAAUUUGAUCUAUCUAUGAUUUUUGUUGAUCCAUCUCUUCAUGUCAUAUUUUAUCCUCUUCUUUUGGUUCGGUUGCCUUUGAACGGUGCGUUUUACUUAAUAAAAUUGAAAAUUUCUU